AUGCCAGCUAUAAGAAAGCAGUGCGACUUCCUGGUAAUUGGAGGUGGCAGUGGAGGUCUUGCUGCUGCUAGGAGAGCGAGUGGAUGGUAUGGCGCAAAGGUAAUUGUAGUAGAGGCAAAGCGAUUAGGGGGAACCUGUGUCAACGUGGGAUGUAUACCAAAGAAGAUCACCUGGAAUGCAGCAAACCUGGCACAAAGCUUGCGCGACGCCAAGUCCUAUGGCUUCUCUGUCGAACAGAGGGCGCCAUUCGACUGGGCGACCUUCAAAAAGAAACGAGACAUAAUCGUCAAGAACUUGAACGACAUAUACGAGCGCAAUCUAAAGAAGGACAGCAUUGAAUACAUCCACGGCCGAGCUUGCCUGGUAGGCAAGAACGAGUCCAUGAUAAAGGUUGAUGAUGGCACUGAGAUCAAAGUCAGCGCGAAGAAGAUCCUGAUUGCAACUGGUGGACAUCCUACAGUUCCCCAAGGAAUUCCCGGGGCCGAAUAUGGCAUCACCAGCGACGGUUUCUUCGAGCUCGAUUAUCAACCUAAGAAGGUGGCAAUAGUAGGAGCUGGCUACAUUGCUGUGGAGUUUGCAGGAAUGCUUCAAGCUUUAGGCACAGAAACGCAUGUUUUCAUUCGACAUGAAAAGUUUCUACGAACCUUUGAUGGCAUGAUUCAAGACGAGAUUGUCUCAGAGUACGAGCGUAUUGGCAUACAUGUUCACAAGAAUUCUACGCAAAGUAAGAUCGAGAAAGACAAACAGACAGGGAAGCUUACUUUACAUUACUCUGACUUGACUGGUGAGGGCAAGCUUGAGAACCUGGAUACUCUGAUUUGGGCCAUCGGCCGAACUCCAGAAGUGGAAGGUCUUGGUCUGGACGUCGUGGGCGUCAUGCAGAACGAGAGGGGUCAAAUAAUCACAGACGAGUACCAGAACACUAACGUGGAGCAUAUCUACUCUCUUGGAGAUGUCGUUGGCAAAGUCGAGCUCACUCCGGUCGCGAUAGCCGCCGGCCGCAAGCUUAGCGAUCGCCUCUUCGGUGGUGAAAAUUUCAACAAAAGCAAGCUAGACUAUGACCUCAUUCCCUCCGUCGUUUUUGCCCAUCCUGAGGUUGGAUCCAUCGGCCUAACGCAAGCUGAGGCCGAGAAGAAAUACGGGAGGGAUAACAUCAAGAUCUACAGGACGUCCUUCACAGCGACCUACUACACCAUAAUGGAGGAUAAGAGGCCGUCCAAAUACAAGCUCAUUUGCCAGGGGAAAGAUGAGAAGAUCGUGGGUCUACAUAUUUUGGGCUUGGGGAGUAGUGAGAUACUACAGGGGUUUGGGGUAACGAUGAAGAUGGGAGCCACGAAAAAGGAUUUUGAUAGCUGCGUUGCGAUUCAUCCGACAAGUGCAGAAGAGCUGGUUACUCUUAAUUAG